AGACUCUUUCUAAAAAAACGUCAACCCCUCUCUCUUCAUUAGGCCUUCCUCCGGACGAAGAAUUUGAUAAAAGAAAUAUGUCUAAUCCUCAAGAAGAAGACAAGAAGCCCGGAGACCAAGAACAUCAAAUCAUUCUCAAGGUCAAGAGCCAGGAUGGAGAUGAAGACUUAUUCAAAAUCAAGAAAAGCACUCGGCUGAAAAAAAUCAUGUAUGCUUACUGCGACCGCCGAGGUUUGAAACUGGACGCAUUCGCUUUCGUGUUUGAUGGGGCUCGUAUCCGUGGUGAGGAGACUCCACAUGAGCUUGAUAUGGAAGAUGGAGGUGAGAUCGACGCGUGCCGAACGAUGAGUGGUGGUCUACGAGCAGAUCAACGUCAGUGGUCUUGUAUGGUUUUCGAUCAUAAUCGGCUAUAGUAAAAACUUGGCAAGCUUUAUUAUAUUUUGAGGAAACUACAUACCCUACUGGUCAUUUUUGUCUAUGUAUGUCAUGAAGUCAUUGGAUCCUAUAAUAUUAAUUAAUGCGUUCGUUAUGGAAGACUUAAGAAGUAGCUUACGGAAUUUAUAACGGGAGAACUCUUCCAGUUACUCAAAAAUAUAUAUAUAUAUAUAUAUAUUUUAUUUAGUAAUUAAUAAAGAAUUGACAGGUGUAGGAUUAUUUUAAGUAACGUUUCUUCUGUAAGGAAUUUGAGAACCGUUACUCUUGCUUCUCUCUCUUUUAUAUUAUUUUAUUA